AUGGUCAGCCUCAUUACAUCAUCAAUAUUUAAUAGUAUAACAAUAGAAGAAGAAUUACAGAAUGAAUUAGGCUUAUCAGCCAUUGAUCUAAAUACAAUUGAUGAAGUUGCAAGUGCUCAUGACGAAGAACUUUUACUUAAUGACCAUGAAGAAAUUAGCCAUGAGCAAGGUGAUCAACAUUUAGAAAAUGAUGAUGAUGAGCAUAUUAUAAAUUCAUUGAAUAAUCGAUUUGAACCAACGAACAUAAUACGCCAAGACGCUCGAGAAUGCCAAAAACGCCAAGUCGAAGAAUUUUUACAAAAUACACUUAAGAAACAAAAAUUAACAAACUGGAACGUUGAUGAUAAUGUUUUAAUACCGGUAUCAGAUGUUGAUCGUGGUCCAACAGAUGCACGCAAUGUAUUAGCUGUUAUAAUGAAUAUUAAAUAUGAUAAAUAG